AUGGCUACUGGACAUCGCCCAUCCCGAGAUAUAAUGGACCUUUUUCUCGCAAUGGCAGAUAUCGAUGGCGGACUUCCAGCUUUUCCUCAGCUGGCUGCCCUUGACAACACGUAUGGUGCCCUUUUCAUCGGACUUUUGGCAUCUGCUGUCCUUUUCGGUGUCACAAAUCUGCAAGUCGUUAUGUAUUUGCAGACACAAUGGAAGCACGAUCGUACUGUCUAUAGAAUAGCGGCGCAGAUUGUGGUUGAUGUUUUAGUUGUGCUCUCUGUCCACAGCUUCUAUGCUCACCGUCUUUGGAUUUUGGGCAAGGAUAGAAACCGUAUAUUCUCUAUGAUACAAGUUACCAUUAUAACUCUUGGUUCAGGUCUCGCAAUACUUCUGUGCUAUGUUGUAUUCCGGUGCCAGCUCUACACAGAUUUAAUAAAAAUCGAAUGGGCCUCUUUGACCGUGCUAGCUGUGAUUGCCACCAAUGACUUGAUUAUUGCGAUAUCUAUGUGCUGUCUCCUGGGUUUAUCUCGAACAGGAUUCUCGAAGUAA